CGUCAGGAGAUAGCUGGGUGGCAGGGACAGGGGGAGAGGGGCUUUUCUCUGUGGCCACCUGGAAGAGCCAUGUAAGAUCCCUGGCUUAUUAAGACGCAAAUGCAGAAAUAAUUCGAUUUGAUAACCGGUAAUUGGCCCCAAACUUGAAACAAAACACAAUUUAUUCUGGAAGGAAACUGUAAAUCUAGACAGGUCGACGUAUCCAAGGAAAAGAUACCGGAGUAAUCUGGAGAAAAAAAGAAAACAAAAAGCAAAAUAAAGUUUCUGUAAGGUGUGCCGUGCGCCCCGGAGCUUCAUGGACAGGCUCAGAAAUCCCCAAACCAACUCCAGAAGAAGAAGCCCCGCACAAGUUCAGCACUGAGGAGAUCUCCAACCAGUUUUGAUGUCAGGUGAAGGUGAAGUCAGACUGACCGAGCUCGUAUCUUUAGCCAGGUAACAGACUAACACAGCUUUACUUUCUGAUCGGUGCGUAACUGCGCUGCGGUGAAGCAUGAGCGGAGGACGAUUUGAGUUUGACGACGGCGGAGCUUACUGCGGAGGCUGGGAGGGGGGCAAAGCCCACGGCCAUGGCAUCUGCACCGGACCCAAAGGCCAGGGUGAGUUCUCCGGCUCCUGGAACUACGGUUUCGAGGUGGUGGGAGUCUACACCUGGCCCAGCGGAAACACCUACGAGGGGUACUGGUCGCAGGGGAAGCGUCACGGUUUGGGAGUAGAAACCAAAGGACACUGGAUUUACAAAGGGGAAUGGACUCAUGGCUUCAAAGGGAGAUAUGGCGUCCGGAUCAGUGUUGGCAGUGGAGCAAAGUAUGAAGGAACAUGGAAUAAUGGACUUCAGGAUGGAUACGGAACAGAAACGUAUGCUGAUGGAGGUACUUUCCAGGGUCAGUUUACCGGUGGGAUGCGGCACGGCUAUGGUGUCCGUCAGAGUGUCCCCUAUGGCAUGGCAGCAGUUGUCCGCUCCCCUCUUCGUACCUCCUUGACCUCCCUUCGCAGCGAGCACAGCAACGGCACCGUCUUGCAGCAAGACAUCCCCAUCAUCACCACCACCAACGCCUCAGGCGAGGAGACGCCCGUUGCCACCCCUACCCAGCUGGGACCAUCUCGCGGAGGCUUUGCCCUCACCCUCCAGGUGGACCCAGAGGCAGUGAAACAAAAGAAGAAGGGCCUGUUUCGCAGGGGCUCUCUGCUGGGUAAACUGAAGAAGUCCGACUCGAGCACCUCGCUGUCCAGCCAGAAGAGCAAGAUCAGCUUCCUGAGGACAGAAUCGGCUCUCAGCUCUAAUGCCAGCGACACCAACUCCACCAUCAGCCUUGGGGACGAGAGUCUGGCCGGAGCCGAGGAUUUCCCCCCAGUGGAGGCCGACAUUGAUGCCACCACCACAGAGGUCUACAUGGGCGAAUGGAAGAAUGACAAGCGCUCAGGAUACGGAAUAAGCGAAAGGUCCAGCGGGCUGAAGUAUGAGGGCGAGUGGCUGAACAACCAGAGACACGGCUACGGCCGCACCACCUUCGCGGAGGGAGGGAAAGAAGAGGGCAAGUACAUGAAUAACAUGCUGGUGAAGGCCAUGAAGAAGAGGGUGAUCCAGCUGAAGGGAACCAAGAUCAAGCAGAAGGUGGAGCGAGCAGUGGAGGGAGCUCAGAGGGCUGCAGCCAUCGGCAAGCAGAAGGCAGAGAUCGCUGCCUCCAGGACGGCCCAUGCGAAGGCCAAGUCGGACGCAGCUGAGCAGGCGUCUCAGGCCUCCAACAGUGAGUCCAGCAUUGCCAGACUGGUGGCCAAAGAGCUCUCCCCGUCCUUCUUCCAGCCAGGUCCUGAGUAUCUGAAGAAGAGGGUGUUACAGGAGGCUGUGGAGGGCAGUGAGAACACAGACACUGUCAUGCACGAGCCGCUGCUAGCUGAGGAGGAGCCCCUGCCCACGCCGCCUGAAAGCCCGCUCAUGAAUGAACUGGACAGCCUCAUGCCUGGCUCAUCCCCAGGCCGCACCCCCUCCCCCAGCCCAGGCAUCACCUACAAGGAAGAGCCCAAAUUCCUCAGUCCAGGAAGCUGGAAUGAAGACAAAACCAGUAAAGGUGGUGGCAGUAAGGGCAGCAGUAAAGCCAACAGCAGGCCCAGUAGUCGCCCCACCACCCCUUCAACCUCCGUUUCUGCUCCCACAUCAGCAGCACCUGAAGGAGGAGGGGGCCCCAGCAGUCGUGGCCCCUCUCGUACCCCCAGCCGACAGAGUAACAAGAACGAGCAGGGCUCUGACCUGGAGAUCAAGCCCCUGCAGAAGUUUGACUCCGAAGCAAAAGCUCCAGAUGUCACUCCUGCCACUACUGCCCCUGUAAGGAAUAGUCUCAUCUCUCAAGUUGAAGAAGAAGCCCCGCGCCCCCCCACCAAAGUGCCCAAAGCCGUCACCCCCGAGCCCAAAGCUGCAGAGCCCAAAACUGAAAGAGCUCCGUCAGUCCACGAACGAGCGCCCUCCGUCUCCGAGAGCAAAGUGGAGUCCCGGGAAGUGAGCAGGCCAUCCAGCAAAGCAGAGACAAAGCCAUUACCAAAACGGCAACCCAGUCCAGCUCCUUCCCCAAAACCUGCACCCAACCUUGAACCUAAAUCAGUACCAAAGCAAGUGGAAGCCAAAGCCAUUGUUGCCAAACCAGCCCCGAAGGUGGAUCCCAAAGCAGAAGCCCGACUGAAAGCUCUGGUGUCGAGCCCAGGUAGUGAGGUGACAGCAGAGUCUUUGGAGCUGGAGGGCCCAAACACCAUAAUGAUCUGCAUGGUGAUCCUGCUCAACAUCGGCCUGGCCAUUCUCUUUGUACACAUUUUGUCAUGAGACAUUUUCCACCACCUCAGGUCACCGGCAGCGUUGGAGAGAGAGAGAUAGCGUUCCUCCUCCUCAGUAAGGACCAGAGAUCAAAGAGACCGCUGAGGGGGGGGAAAAGCCUCGUGCAGACAGCCACGGCUCUUCUAAAGGUUUUUGUUGGUGUGAUUGUGCGAGGCUCUGUGAAGCUCCUCUCUUUCCAGAGGUUAGAGAAACUGAAGGACAUUGAAUUGACUGAAACGAUUCAGUACAUCUGAAUAUGAUGAUGUUUGUAUGUUAAAGUGCGGGAGGGGGCUGGAUGGUAGAGUAUGUCUCAGUGCUUACACUGGAGAAGCAGAGUGGCAGAAUUCACAGUGUGUCACAAGUGUGUCAACAUUACGCAAAAAAAAAAAAAAAAAAAAAAAGGCUUUUAACUGAAUCCUUGAUUGGCACACACUGGCUGCCUCUCACAACACCGAAUCAGACCGAUUAGACAAACCCAGUAGAUCAGUAUGUUUUGUCACACGAUAUGUUUGUUUGUAUUACGUAGGCCGAAGGAAUGUUGAUCACAUAUACAGACUUAAUAUUCUCUCCACUAGACCUUGAACUUGAUUUUUUAUUUUUUUAGACACAACUGCAGCAGAUGUGUGAAGGAUUUGGGAGUGAUAACUGUUAAUAUCAUUGUUUUAAUCACCUGCAGUGUCCGGCGUGUGGUUAAAAAGCUGAAAAACAAAAGAUUAAGUAUGAGUCUGAAAUGUGUGAGAGACAUCUGUGCGUGUCAGUCCAAAUACUGCUGAAUAUCGACAGACUGUAAUCUAAUGUUGUGUAAAGCCAAGUUGUUGUUUUCAUCUUAUUGCUCUUGACUCUCUUAAGAAAGACUCCGAAGCAUCUUGAGCUACAUUUGGCUGCUGCAUCCUGCAAAAUCUGUAUUUUGAGACUAUGGUGUUCAACACUGUGAAGUUUUCCAUUUUCACUGGGAUUCAUAUUCAUUCACUGUCGUCCUGCUGCUUUGCUUUGGGAGCUGAUGAACCAAACUGAGAAGGAAAUAGGAAGCUAAGGAGUUUCUCUGCUUUUGUGUACGUGCUUGUAUGUUCCUGUGGCUUUUGCCAUGCAAUGCUGUUUAGCGUCCAGGUGGCUUUAAAUGAGAGUUGUGUAUGUUUUGCAAUAGAAAAAGCAAGCAGAAAACGAAGGAGGAGGGGUUUAUCUUAUUUAAAACAACCACUGUAUGUUGUAGUACGUUUAUAGUAGUAGCGGCAGGAGGUGGGUUGGGAUGGUGUGUUUGCCCGUGAACUCAUGUAGUGUUCAUGUUUUCAUGUAUGUUUCAGUGAAGAAUACUGUCCACACUUGUUCCACUACAUUAUAUUCAGGGCCUGUUGUGCUUCAGAGCCAAAUAUGAGUUCAACUUUUGUACGCAUGAGGGCACUUUGUGUGUAUGCGUCUGUAUUUUUGUACCAUUUUGAAGUGCACAUCCUCUCAGCAUUCAAAAUAUUCAGUUGUAGGAUUUGGGGAUUUUGUUGUCAAAGAGAUACACGACCCCAAAUUUAUUUAUUUCCCAAAGGAGUCAGUCAGAUUACCUCGUGAUUGUGAGAUGGAGAAAAAUAUAGAAUGAACUUAACUCCAUGUCUUACAUUGAGAAGAGCACUCCUCAGACGUGCUGUUUAAUGUUUCUCCAUUGUUCUUUUAGGAUUUUUAAAAGAACAAAGAGGUUUUUAGCUGAAAUUGUUUUGCCUUUCAUGCAAAAAGAAAAAUCCACCAGCAAUCUACAAAAAGCUGCAGCUUUAAUUAGUCUCCCGUGAUCUCAUAAAACGUUUUUCACUGGUAGUUCAUCUAAUCUAUCAGUGCAUUCAUCAAAUUGGCAGAUGAGCUCAAUGGUAAGUGCAAUAAAAUUCAUUCAGGUCAGUGUAAUGUAGAAGCCAUUUUGUUUUGUCAGUUUUAGUGCAUUUAAUAAAAUCAGAUAACACCGCUGAAUUUGAAGAAAUGCAUUUGUGUGGCCAAACACGGUCAAAACUAUGAAGCUCAGAUUAAAUAAAAACUUUUACAACA